CCGCCAUGUCCGGCCACAGACGGUCGCGCUCCAGCAGCACGCACUCCUUUACGAGCGUGCGAUCCAUCGACAGCGUGAAAUCCAUCGACAGCGUGCAAUCCAUCGACAGUGUGCAGUCGUUCGACAGCGCAAAGUUCAUGGACAUUUUAGAUUCAGAACCUUUCGACAACGCAAAGUUUCCCGACAACGUCAAGGCUCCCGACAGUAGCACACCUAAAGACUUCCAGCCUACCUCCGCUUCGCCCGCACAGGUCGAUCCCAAGACCAGCGUCCCAAUUACUAUGCCGCCAACCCGACCAACGAAAAAGCAUCCACGUUUCUAUCUCGACCCAAGCACGGUCGAGCUGCUGCUCGACGACGGCACCCUCUACCGCGUCUUCCGCCACUCGUUCGAGGCGCACUCGCCCGCUUUCGCUGCGCGAUACCUUGCGGGUGGUGCGGACGAGGGACCUAUCGAGCUUUCUGGUGUCUCCUCCGUGGACCUCGACCGGUUUUUGACUUUGAUCUAUCCCAGCGAAAUCGCCACCCCCGCCCUCUCCACAGCCGCCGAGUGGACCUCCGUUCUCCGCCUCGCGCACCAGUGGUCCUUCCUUUCUCUCCGCAGGCGCGCCGUCGACGAGGUCUACCGCUCGGGCAGCAUGGUGGACAAAGUUGCCGUAGCGCGGGAGUUUGAAGACCUCACCGAACUGCAAGAGUGGCUCCUCCCGGCGUUCGUGGAGGCGUGCACGACGGAGCGCUGGCUGGACGGCGUGAGCGAAGAGGAUGCGGAGCGUCUGGGUGCCGGGACGGUGCUCAAGAUCGCGAGGAUCAGGGAGGAGAGGUACUCGUACGAGGUGAGGGGGGACGACAAGCGCGAGGCGAAGGGCAGAUCCUUUGACGUCGAGCGUGCAAUUGUGAACGCGGGAUUGGCGCAGGCGCCGUCGACCUCAACGACGGGGAUCCGUUCGCCGUCACCGGUGUCCGUGGCGGAUGCUUUUGCUUCGCCCACGCCAGAUGCUUUUGCUCCGCCCAUGCCCGAUGCAUUUGCUUUGCCCGCGCCGGGUGCAUUUGCUACGUCGAAGGCAGCGACGGCGUCGACCGCACCGCCUGCGAAGACCUCAUCUGCACCCGCAGCAGCCAUGCCAUUCACGCCAGGAGCGACAACUGUAUCCAUGCCUACAGCGAAGAUCUCGUCCGCGCCUGCAACGGGGAUCUCGUCCGCGCCUGCAGCGUCGACGUCCUCCACGCUUGCAGCGAUGAUGUCCGCCACGCCUGCAGGGGCGACCGCGAAUACUCCUCCAGCGACCACGCCGGCAGCGCAGCAGGUGCCAUUCGCGCCGGAGGCGACGGCGUCUUUCGUAAGGGCAAUGAGAACGUCGUCUACCACCAUCGCACCUGCUCUGACCACGCCAGCCGAGCCUCCUCUUCACGCGCUGGCCACCCCCCCUCGCACGCUAGCCACGCCCGCUAUGUCCGCUUCAAAGGAGUCGACGCCCACGCUGUUCACUGCGUCUACGCACUCUGAUUCUGCGACUCCAGCGGUCGCCCUACCGCAAGUCAGAGCGCCAACACCGUUAUCCGCCCCGUACUUGGAAUGCGCGCCGACCGCUCCACCCCUCGCGCCCAUCGCCUCACCCCUCGCGCCCAUCGCUCCACCCUCCACCUCAGCCACCUCACCCUCCGGUUUCAUAGCAUCAGUAUUAGCCACUGCACUCGCAGACGCCGAUGUGACGAUGCCCGUCGUUGCUAACGCGAAGGCCACCGACGACGUCGAUGCGAGGGUUCCCAACGCCGCAAUACAGGCGCCCGACACCGCAACACAGGCGCCCGACGCCGCAUCACAGGCGCCUGACGCCGCGACGCAGACGGACGUCGAACAGGCCAGCCGAAUGGCUAGCAUCCAAGCGCUUAGGAUGCAACAGAAGAGGGAGAGGCAGAGACUGGCGAAAGCGGCGGCGAAGGAGAGACGGGCGCAGGAGGUAAAGGAGAGGGAUAAGGCGAGAGAGAGGGAAAGGGAGGAAGCGGAGGAGAAGAGACGAGCAAGGGAGGAGAAGGAAAGAAGGCAGAGGGAGUUGGAAGAAUAUCAGUGA